AUGGCGACAGAAGUUGAAUCACCGCCUGUGGAUAUUGAGAUCGAUCCGAUCGAAACGAAAACCGAAGAGGUCGAAAAACCCGAAGAGAAUCAUGUCGAGGAGAAGAAUGAGGAGCAGGCAAAUGAAAACAAGCCGGACGAGGAGAAUGCGGUCGUCGACGGCGAAAAACAAGAAGAUGCUAAUGGAGCCGUACCGCCAAAAGUUUUACUGUAUCAACAUCCACCGUGGAAUGCUAUUCCCUCGCCCCUCCCCGCCUGUAUUAAAGUUGAAACGUAUUGCCGUAUGCUGAAGAUCCCUUACGAAAACGUUUACAAACCUGGUACUGAUCAGAAGUUACCGUACAUCGAAUAUCAAGGCGAGACAAAGAAACAAGACCUCAUAGGCUUCCUUAAUUCCAAGUUCGGAGUGGACCCCGAUGCAAAUUUGAGUGAUAUGGACAAAGCUUGCUCGCGAGCUUUUCAAAGUAUGGUCGAGGAAAACACGUUCUGGAGUCUGAUGUAUUACCGAUGGGUGGAUAACUUCGCAGAAACCAAGAAAUACUUCAAAGGGCUUGAUGUUGUCAGAAAGAAUGUACGCCCGAAGCUCGAUCAAGGCAAGUGCGUGAAGUGCUUAGAAGCGCACGAAAUUGGCAAGCAUAACAAAGAAGAAAUUUAUGCUAUCGGCGAGAAGGAUCUUCGUGCGCUAUCAGCGUUCCUGGGCGACAAAGAGUUCUUCAUGGGUUCAGAGCCCACUACUAUCGAUUGCACGGUGUUUGGCCUGCUGUCAUGCUUGUUGCACACGGCCGAAAACUCGCCCCUGGCCAAAGUUGUGAAUGAAGAUUUGAAAAAUCUAGUCGAUUUCUGCCACCAGAUGAAGAAUAAUUAUUGGCUAGACUGGAAUGAUCUUUCCUCUGAGGAGCAAGUCGAAGAAACACGACCCAAAUCAAGGCUAAGUGUCAAAAAGAAAAAGAGGACCAAGUCCCAAGAGCCAGCAGCCGAGAGCAAAGAAGGCGAAGCCAGCGGAGAAAAAGAAACCGAAGAAAAGAAAGAAGGAGAGGGAGGAGAAAAGAAUGGAGAGGAGCCCGUGGUAAAUGGAGAUGCAACGGAAGAGGCAGCCAACGAAGAACCAAAGGAACAAGCGGAGGAAUCAAAAGAGGAGGAGGCCAAGGAAUCAGAAGAAAAGAAAGAGGAAGAAACUCCCGUGGUCAACGGCGAUGGAGGUGAGGAACCUAAACCCGAGGAAGCCGCUCAGGAAUAA